ACGUUAAACACAAGUGCCAAGCAUUGUUUAAAUAUUUCUAUGACUUUAGGUCAACGCGCUCUAAUUUCUGAAAAUUUAAAAGUACUCGUUUAAUAGCACAAAAUGAACAAAUACUUAUUUGCUAUUACACUCCGAUUUUUAAAAUAGUGUUCAGGCAUUAUUGAAGGCAGCCAAGUGCCGACUGGUGCUGAGUUUCAUGGACAAGGAAGAGAUAUUUGUUUAGGUUUAGUCUAGAAAGCACCCGAACUUCAUUUUCGUCAACAGGCCUAGCGCUUUUCAACUCGUUAGCAUGCCUUUAUUUGCCCAGAAUCCAUUUGAUCAAGAUGUUGAGAAGGCAACCAAUGAAAACAACACAACAGAUGACUGGGGCGUCAUUCUGGACAUCUGUGAUAAGAUUGGAACAACAUCUAAUGGGCCAAAAGACAGCUUGAAAUCCAUUAUGAAGAGAGUCAACCACAAAGUACCUCAUGUUGCCAUGCAGGCCCUCAAUUUGUUGGGUGCUUGUGUGUCAAACUGUGGCAAAAUAUUCCACUUGGAAAUCUGCUCAAGAGAGUUUGCCAGUGACGUAAGGAGUGUGCUGAGCAGGGCCCACCCUAAGGUAUGUGAAAAGCUGAAGGCUCUGAUGGUGGAGUGGGCAGAAGACUUUCAGAAGGAUCCACAGCUCAGCCUGAUUGGUGCCACCAUCAAGUCUCUGAAAGAGGAAGGCGUCAGCUUUCCCUCUGCAUCAUCACAGGGGUCCACCACAAAGGUCAACACACCUGCAGCGAGCAAAGCUUCAGAUGAUGACGACCUGGCCAAAGCCAUCGAGCUGUCCUUGCAGGAGCAGAAGGUGGAGACACGGCCCUUGAAUGUGACCUCUGACCCCCCCAACUACACCAAUGGCGGAGGAGGUCAGGAGGCCCGGAAAGUGCGUGCAGUGUACGAUUUUGAAGCAGCUGAAGAUAAUGAGCUGACCUUUAAAGCAGGAGAACUUAUUCUGGUUUUGGACGACAGCGAUCCCAAUUGGUGGAAAGGAGAGAACCACAGAGGAGUGGGGCUUUUCCCCUCCAAUUUUGUCACCACCAAUCUGAACGCCGAGCCAGAGGCUGUGGCAUAUGUUGAAAAGACAGCCAGUCCUGAAGAGACGAGCCUGGAAAGCAGACCUGAGCCUGAGCCUGUCUUCAUUGAUGAGGAGAAGAUGGACAGAGCGCUGGCUCUGUUGCAGAAUGUAGAUCCUGCAGAUGUGACUCCUGACUCCCCUGAUCUGAUCCAGCUGGAGGGCGCAUGUGAACAGAUGAAUCCGAUGAUUGAUGAAAAGCUACAAGAGAUUGACAGGAAACACUCAGAGUUGUCAGAGUUGAAUGUGAAGGUUUUGGAGGCCCUGGCUCUGUACAACCAGCUGGUGAAUGAGGCGCCAUUCUACUCUGCCUACUCGAAGAUGCAGCCACAGUACACACCAUCCGGCCCAGCUGUGGCCAUGCAGGGCUACCUUGGCCCAGCAGGCACUCCCUACCUGCCUCCAUCGAUGCCCCAGGUUCCUCCUGCACAGCCGUACGGUCUGCCCAGUGACCAGCCUGGACCACUCCACUCACUGCCUCCACCAAACAGCCAAGCUGCUCAGCUUCCCUACAUGAGCAGUGGUAUGAAUGCCCAGUACAUGAACCAAGCAGCUGGAGCUCCUUACCCACCCCAGUCAGGUGUGGCCAUGGACAUGUCGGCCUAUCAUAGCUCCAGUGUGCCUCCUGGGUCCUAUCCUGUGGCUGCUCCUCCUCACCAAGCUCCUCAGCAGCAGGCAGCGUAUUAUCAGCAGCCUCUGCUGUAAAACUCCAACUGACAGCAGACCUGAGAUGAAUGCAUACUUCAGAUAUUUCAGCUGCUAGUUGUGCGUUCAUUUGGCUUCCUUUGUGUGUGUGUGUUCUUGCUUUAGGAUCUUUUUUUGUGACUGAAACUGGACUGACAACACCACAGGAAAGUUGAAAUACCUGAGGUGUGUAUAUAAUUCAGGUCUGCUGUGCAACUGAGGACUCAGCUACUGUAUGUGAGGCUCAACAUGUUCUUGUCCUGUCCUGGCUGAGUGAAAGCGACGCUGGCCUUUACAAACAUCUCACCUUAACACAGAAGAAGAGUCAGGUUUGCCCACCACUACAGUCAUCCACCGAUCGCUGUCUCGUUUGAAGAAAUUCGUAGUCAACCACAGCGCUGCUCCCACACAACGCUAUUUGACCAUCCAUACCACAUGUCAUUUUUCUGCAGAGAGUCAGGCGAUGUCCACACUAAUGUAGAUAAAUGUGAAACGUUUCAGGGCAUUGUACAGUAUUCUCACUGAAAUGAGAGCAGCCCACGUGGCCUCAUACAAGAUGCAGGUAAUUGCAUGUGCAGGUUUGAACAAAACAGAGUUGCAGAUCUACAAGUAACACACAAGUGAAAUGUGAGCCUCUUGGCACAUGUUGUCGGUUUGGACAGCCGUAUCGAUCAGACUGCAGCACAUCUGUUCUGUCAGAAGCUUAUGAGACAGAAGGUUGAACGACCCGGCUGUAGUAUGUCCCCCAGUCUCCUGAGCCUCCAUUAGCAUGCACAGACAUGUAGCUAGUGCUAGCCAGUGUGGUUUGAACCCCAUUUGACAACUAAAUGGCUUUUUCAGAUUUAUCUGCAUCAGCGUGAACUUGGCCUGAAUGUUUUGUUUUCCUUUUUAACGGCCAUAUUGUCUGAAGGCAGGUGCAGUUCAUUGUGACCAUCUGAGUGGUUCAGCUUGCACUGAAUGAUCAAAACAUUCUGGACUGAUAUAGCAUUCACUAAACCUGUGGACAGGUAGCAUCUGUUCACUGUGCAGUUAUUUAAGAAGCUAGAGCCUUGUUUUUUCUCCUCACCAGCAUCCAUUCAGAUAUGUAUGCUAACCGUUAUAUUUGUGUACAGUAAAUGGUUCAACAAUGCCUUUCCCGUGAACUCACCGUCUUGUAACGCUUUCUGUGGUUGCAGUUGAGAUAUUUAAGCUGACAUUUUGUGCGUGUUUGUUUUUUAUGCGUCUGAGGACUUACUCAUUACUGGUUUCCUCAUCACUGCAAAAUGACACUUUACAAGGCUCGUCAGAUUUUCUGGUGAGCUGAAAAAUUGUGUGUUUAUUAACCUGGUGAAAUGCUGCAUCUGUUCAUGAUUACUACAUCACAUCCCUGCCUUCCAUCUUCAUGCUGCGGGGUUUUUUUUUUUCCUGUGGAACCUGUUUGGAUUCCCAAGUUAUAUGCAAAUGCACAGUUCUGUGAUGUUUCAUGUCACUAUACUUUAGUUUCGAACUUGUUAGCAAUGUUCCCUGUGCUUUGAUUUAUAUAUAGUGAGACAUUAUACACAUGUGUGAUGAUUAUCCCUGUGCUGCUUCUGCUUUUACUUUUGUCUAAGCAAAGUGUAAAUGGACCAAAAUCUAGGAAAGGUUCUGAAAUCAUUUGUUAAUAUGAAGAAAGAACUCUGUGGUGAUGUGUUGUCAGCUUUUAGUUAACAUUAAGAGCGACUUUCAGAGAAUCUGUCCAGCAGCAGCAGCAGCUCCAUAGUGUGGAUUUCAGCUGGAGCUGCAGCUCCUAUUAAAUCAUUGUAUAUUAGAUGUAAAAUACCUGGGUUUGUCAGCAACAUUGACAUUGCACCUUAGCUUUGUAAACAUUUAUUUACCACUGGAUGCCUUGUUUUUCU